AUGAGGAAAGACGGUCCAAAUAUAUCUAAAGUAGCUUCAGAUUUAAUUCUGGCUUAUAAAUAAUUGACUGGGUAUUCUAAUGACAUAGUCAUAUCUCCCAGAUAUGAGAAAACCGCCUUGUAUUUUCCUUAAUCACCCAUAGAAGAAUAAAUAGAAGAAGAAAAUCAAAUUGAUAGUCCCAGAAAAACAGUCACUGAGAACGAAGAUGAUUACUUGAAAGAAAUUAGUGAAUUAAGAUAGAUUGUAGAAUAAAUGAGAAUGAAAUACAUGAACAUACCAGAAAGGUAUUUAGCAUAACCACUAAAUUCAAAUAAUCAAAAUAACCAGAAUUAGAAUCAGAAUCAGAACAAAAAUGAACUCAAAAAGAAAGCCAAAAAGCAAAUAGUAAUUACUAAAUACUAAACAGAUUUCCUUAGACAAUAGUAUGGGAAAAUUUAAUGA